AGGAGGCUGCCGGGCCGAAGAAAGACGAGGGCGUCAGGGACAAGGAGGUUGUCGCCGAUCGGGAUGACGGUGUGGCAUCCACGAGCGAGAGCGUCAUCGUCGUCGAGGAGAUGAGGAAUGGCCAGCCUGUCGAGGUGUCGAUCGCGCCUACCGUCGAGGCGGGAAGAGACCGUCGGCGGGGCGAGAAUGAGGAAGGGUGGUCGGCCGAGGCGAUUGAAGACGAGGCGGCAACGUCGAACGAGAAGGACAUCGAGGAGAUCAACGUGGAGGAUGACGGUUGUGUCGCCAUCCCGGAUGCCCCCGUGGGCGUAGUCACCAUGGAGGAUGACAGUAUCAUCUCAGCCGAUGCUCCGGCGAUAGAGAAGGACGAUAUUGGCACGUUUGUGCCUGCUCCGGUGGCCAACGAAGAUGCCGGUGCCACCUUCCUGGCUGCCCCGGUGGCCGGUGAUGAUGGCAGUGCUUCCUUCGUUGCUGCGCCGGCGGCCAAGGAGGACGAACUUGUAUCCAUCGCGUCUGCUCCGUUGGCGGGGGAGAUUGAGGGUAUCACCAUGUCGGUUGCUCCGGUUGCCGACGAGAUUGAUGUUGCCACCUUCCCGGCCGCUCCGGUGGCCAAGGAGGAGGAAAGUGAAACUGCCGCCUUGGUGGAUGCUCCGGUCGCCGAGGAGGUUAACGUCGCCGCCUUCCCAUCCGCUCCGGUGGCCAAGGAGCAGGAAACUGAAACUGCCGCCCUCGUGAAUGCUCCGGCCGCCGAGGAGGUUGGCGUUGCCUCCUUCCCGGCCGCUUCGGUGACCAAAGAGCAAGGAAGUGAAACUGCCGCCCUCGUGGAUGCUCCGGUCGUCGAGGAGGUUGGCGUUGCCGCCCUCCCGGCCGCUCCGGUGGCCAAGGAGCAGGAAAGUGAAACUGCCGCCCUGGUGGAUCCUCCGGUCGCCGAGCAGGUUGACGUUGCCUCCUUCCCGGCCGCUCCGGUGACCAAGGAGCAGCAAAGUGAAACUGCCGCCCUGGAUGCUCCCGUCGCCGAGGACGUUGACGUUGCCUCCUUCCCGGCCGCUCCGGUGACCAAGGAGCAGGAAAGUGAAACUGCCGCCUUGGUGGAUGCGCCGGUCGCCAAGGAUGAGCAAACUGUAACUGCCGCCUUGGUGGACGCCCCGGUGGCCAAGGCAGAUGGAAGUGCAGCCACCGCCGAGGCUGCGCCGGUGGUCACGCGGGAGCAAGAAGAAGAUGCCGUCACCGUAGACGCCCCUGCCCCGACGACGGCCAACGAGGACGAAAUUGCCACCGGGGCGGCUGCUCCUGCAACCAACGUGGACGAAAGCCCCGCAUUCCCCACCAAGCCGGUGCCGGAGGUGGAGGUGCCAGAGGCGGCAGAGCAACCCACGCCUUCCUUGAACAACGACGAUCUGAGAAGCGAGCCAGAGCUGCCGGCGCCUACUGUCGUCAAAGAGGCCGCAGUCGAAGCCAAUGAUGAGACCGAGCAAACUAAGGAGGCAACGGCGACCGAGGAGGAGGUGGUCACCGUCGAGGAGGUCGACGUCGUGCCGCAAGAGGUCGAGAGCGUCUCCCGGGAGCCGGAACAGGAGGAGACAUCCGCGGCCACUUUGAGAGACGAUGAUGGGGAAUCGGACGGAAAAAAAGGCACUGAUGUGAAGGAGACCGCAAUAAGGGCAGAGGAAAAGGGAGGGGAGGAUAAGCUGACCGUCGAGGAAGAGAAGAAGGACGGCGAAGAACAAGAACCAGCCGUCGCUCCGGUCGAGUCAUCGUCUAGUUGAAAUUGAGAUGUGAGAUCGUGCAUGCCAACUCGGAUGUAUUGGUGCGUGUAUGAACCACUGAAUGUACAGUUUGCUCUCUUCCUUUUUCUUUUUCAGCCAAAAGGAUCCUUCCCCAAUGUAAAAAGCUUUGCGUAUCGACGCAUUCGUAGAAACAAAUUAUGUA